GGAAGUGCGCAGAGCCUAACAGAGACGGAGUUAGAGGGGUUCUUAGGGUUUCUCUGUCUGUUUCUGCAUUCAGAGAGAGCAGAGGCAGUAGUAGAGAAGAGAAAUCAGGAUUUGGAAGAUGGCGGAGGUGAUCCUCCAUAUAUACGACGUCACGAACAGUGGUUCAGAAAGACGAACAACACUAUUGUUCAGAUCAACAAGAUCUUUAAGGACGGUAUUGGUCUAGGCGGCAUCUUCCACAGCGCCGUUCAGGGAGGGGAGGAAGAAGGGUCUUUGGUUUAUGGAGAUGAAGAAUGGUCAUUUGGUUACUGUGAACAAGGUACCGGAGUUUUUAGUUGCCCUGCAGCGAAGAAUCCAAUGUAUACAUAUCGUGAAUGCAUUGUUAUUGGGAAAACAACCUGUUCUAUAUUCGAAGUUAAUCAGAUUCUUAGGGAACUAAGUAGGGAGUGGAGUUGGGUUAACAGGUUUGCCAAUGCGGGAGAUACUGCAGUGGAAAUAGCGGAAAAUACUGCAUUACGGGUAAGAUGGUCAUGUCCUCCUCCUGUGGUUAUACAACUUCAAUUCAGAAAUUGUACCAAUUGCUCACACUUCCGUAGCUAUGGCCUUGUUCGGAUACCCAGGCUAGCCCAGAUAUCAAACACCCAGGCCAAAGGAUGUUUAAGAGGUGGUGGGAUUUGUCCCAACCCUCUGGCCAAAGGAUGUUUGGGGCUUUUGCUAAGACAAGCAAAGGCAGAGAUUGUAUCAGCCAGCAAAGUGGCUUACCGUUUUCUUGCAGGCAUUGCUUCGACUUCACCUGUGGCUCCCGAUUCCUCAGGCAACUCAAACAGAGGGAAUCCCAGAUUUCAGGCCACUUGGUUUAAAAACCUCGUUACUUCUGGUGCCAAACCAUCCAGUAGUACAGAACUGGAAGACCAGGAUGUGGCGGUGACUGAACAGCAACAACAAAAUGAAGAAGCUCCUUUUGGCAGAAUUCUAGGCGUGAUAUUUGAUACAGAAUUUCUCCUGGAGGAGGCAUUAUUGUGUUGUGUUGUGUACGUGUUC